ACCCCGUUGAAACAAGAUGGUGGAUAUGAACUAGACUAUGUGCGUGAGAAAAUCCUUCAGAUUUUAUCAACCCGGGACCUACAGAGUUUAAUUCGCUGUUUGUGGCCUACAGUAGGUGUUUAGGAAUCCUCGCUGUAAUGUUGUUGUUCAUAAUUCCCUCCGCGUCGCCGCCAUUUACUGGCCGCCUGGCGAUAAACCGAUCAGCUCCCACGCCCGUCACCGGCCUCGCAAAUGCUCAGAACGUAGUACAGCAAUGCGCAGCGGGCAUAGAGCGCAUUCACCAUCGCGAGACAUUGUGGAACUCACAUUCAACACCUGCGUUCUUUCCUCUGAUUCUUGAAUGGCUGCUGACAGGUCUUGUUGACAACUGGGGAUUGAUUGUCCUGGAAACUCUCAGGAAGCAGAGUGAGGGAGCAGAAGUUUCUGUCACUGAUUGCGAGGUCACAAAGGGAUCAGGGAAGAUUUCUAAAUGAACAAAUCAAGCCAAUCAUCACUUUGAGAUCUGCGAGGAUUUUUAAAUUUAUCAAGAACAGCACAUCAUUGGUCUUUAAAUGUGGAGAGAGAAAUGACGGGAGACAUACACGACAGUGAGUGUCCAGUUAUAGAGUUUUAAAAAUAAAUACACAACGUUCACAGGAGAUGAAACCAUGUAUGUGUUCUGUGUGUAGACAAGGUUUGAACCAAUAUCCAACCUGAAGAAAGACAAGGACACUGGCACCAUGGAGAAACAGUGGAAUUGUGGGGACUGUGGGAAGGGAUUCAAUUACCCAUCCCAGCUGGAGAUUCACCGACGCAGUCACACAGGGGAGAAGCCAUUCAUUUGCCCCAUGUGUGGGAAGGGAUUCACAUCAUCAUCAAUGUUACAUAUCCACCAGAGGACUCACACCGGGGAAAAACCAUUAGCUUGCUCCAUGUGUGGGAAAGGAUUUAAUUUUCUGUCCCAGCUGCUGAGGCACCAGCUGAUUCACAUCGAGGAGAGGCUGUUUAACUGCUCUGAUUGUAAGAAGAGCUUUAAAAGACAACAGGAUCUGGUUAAACACCAGCUCGUUCACACCAAGAGACAGUUCAGUUGUUCGCACUGUAGGAGGGCAUUUAAUCAUUCAGGGAUCCUCCUAAAACACUAUGAGGUUCACACUGGGGAGCAGCUGUUCACCUGCUCCGUGUGUGGGAAGGAAUUUAUUCGGUUAUCUCACUUCAAUUCACACCAACGUGUUCACACUGAUGACAGACCUUUCAACUGUUCAGAAUGUGAGAAGGCCUUUAAAACAAGUGGUGAUCUGCUGAGGCACCAGCGAAUUCACACUGAGGAGAGGCCAUUCACUUGCUCCAUGUGUGGGAAGGGAUUUCUGUGUUUGUCCAAUCUCACUUUACACCAGCGAGCUCACUCUGACGAGAGACCUUUCCAAUGUUCUGACUGUGAGAAGAGUUUUAAAACUACAAGGGAUCUGCUUAUGCACCAGCGUAUUCACACUGGGGAGAGACCAUUCACCUGCUCCCUGUGUGGGAAGGGAUUCACCCGUUCAUCCCACCUCCUCACACACCAGCGUAUUCACACCGGGGAGAGGCCAUUUACAUGCUCUGUCUGUGGGAAACGAUUCACUCGACAAUCUCACCUCAAUUCACACCAGCUUGUUCACACUGAUAGCAGAUCUUUUCAAUGUUCUGAAUGUGAGAAGACCUUUAAAACCACAGGCAGUUUGCUGAGACACCAACGUAUUCACACUGGGGAGAGGCUGUUCAUUUGCUCCGUGUGUGGGAAGCGAUUCGUUCAGUCAUGCCACUUACGGACACACCAACGUGUUCACAAAUGACUGCAGGGGAUGGAUUCUGUUAUUGCUGGUGAUCAUUACAAGCAAGUUCAUUCUGACAGCUGGAGUUUUAUAUCUGCUGAUGUUAUUAAUCCCAUAACUGAACUGGAAUUUAAUUACUGUAACAGAUCACAAUACACUAAUGUAAUUUGAAAUAGUGUGUCAGGUUCUUAGUUUCUCCAAAACGAUGUCCUGUAGAUGAUGGCACCGUGUUCAGGCCUUUUCUCAUUUCUAGUUCUGGAUUCUUUCUAUUCUCAUAUUUCAGUUACUCCUGUGGACAAGUCCAAUUCCCAUUCCAUCCAGAGUGUCUCUCUUAAUCGUGUUAUCCAGCAAAAGUGUUAGUAGCCGGGAUCACUAAAAGCAAAACCAAGUCUGCCCAUCACUUUCAGCAACAGACUUGAUGUGUGUUCCACAGCAAACAUCAAUUCAACUCACUGUGUGUUAAACUUACAGGUUGGAAUCUUCCCAGUCCUGAACGAUGUAAACAAAGCUAAAUCAGUUGGGUAAAUAAAUAAAGGUUCGAAAAAUGAGAUUUCCCAAUGUCAAGGAAUGAACAGUCAGAUUUUGCACCUAAUGUUUUAAUAGGGAGAUGAGAAUCAUGUUGGUAAGUAGUGAGAGUCCUAUUUCCAUGCACUUACACCUCAAUAUUAUCUAUUCUCAACUGAUUUAUUUGCAAUUUGAUUUUCUCCCAUGCGGCAGAGAGAAACGUGGUGUCGAUGAUUUCCAACACGAUAGUUUGAGCAGGUACCUGGGCUGCCCAACUUGUUCCUCCAGAUCUCUAUCUCCCCUCUGCAUGAAUACAUUAGUAGGAAAUCAGAUCACUGAGACAUCUCAAGCACUUUUCCCAGUCUGGGCAGAGGCAGAUGAUCAGAUUGUUUUAAUUUCAGUGACAACAAAGCUCCUCACACUUCUUGUUAAAGGUGAGCGUGGAAGGGAGAGGGACAGCAAUUCAAAAGGGAAUCACCAGGGUUAGAGACAAAAAUAUGAUACUGUGUUUGAUCCAAAGCUGCUUUAUUUAAUGUUUGUCUAUGUAAACAUAUAACCAAACACGUGGUUAUUAAAAAUAGGCAGCUAUGAACAGUGUUCGCUCUUGGAUGUGAUUAAAAAUAACAAUCCAAUCACUUUAAUUUCUUCUGAAAUUGGUGACUCAGCAGAUAUGAGACCUAUCUAAAUCCCUUCCCACAGUCAGAGCAGGCAAGGGCUACUCCUCAGCAUGAACACAGUGGUAUAUCAACAGGUGAGAGAAACCCUUCCCACAGGCAGAGCAGGUGAAUGACUUUUCUCUGGUGUGAACUUGAUGAUGUACAGCGAGGUAAGAUGAUCAUCCAAACGCAGCCCCACAGUCAGAGCACCUGAAUGGUCUCUCACCAAGUUGAAGGAGCAACAGCUCUCCCAGAAUUUUUACAGCAUUUCCCACAGACUGGGCAUUUAAAAGGCCUUUCCUCAGUGCGAACUCGCUGCUGUGUCAGCAGGUUUGAUGAAUUGAUAAAUCCUGUCCCCACAUUCCAUGCAGGUGAAUGGCCUCUUCUCAGUGUGAACUAUCUGGUGUCUCAUCGGGGUGGAUGAUCGAAUGAAUCCUUUCCUACAUUCCGAGCAGAUGAAUAGUUUCUUCCCCAGUGUAGAUGACUGAGUUAAUCCUGUCCCACACUCAGAACAGGUAAAUGGCCUCUUCCUGGUGUGAUUGCACCAAAUACAUUUUCAGCUUUGAUGGGGUGAAAGACUUCUGUCCCACAGUGCCAACAUUUCCAUGUCUUCCCCUCUGUCGGAACCUGUUUAUGUUCUGACAGGCUGGUUAACUGGUUGAAGCUUUGACCACACGCAGAAUCAGUGUAUGGUUUCUGCUCACUGUGAAUGUUGCUUUCUCCUUCCAUGUUCAACAUUCAUGGUUGUGACAUGUUUGACAACUCUCUCAGAUCCUUAUGUAGAGUUUGAUUUCAGUUUCUUGACUGCAAAACCUCAACUUCUAAAAACUCUGUGCAAUUGAUUUAGACAGAACAAAGGGAGUCAUACAGAAACCACAAAAUGAAAAAUACACAUGAUGCAAUGUGAACUGGCUGAAGCUUGUAAUUUGCAGAGUACGUGGUAACAGCAGUGUCAUUAAAUAAAUUCUAACUAUUAACAAUUAUAUGGAAAGACGAAUUUGUGAAGUCAGCAGCAUUCAGUCAGGGGAAUAGGCAGCGGUGAAAACCUAAUUUAGGCAGUUAGGAGAUGUAACAGUAAAAUACAAAACAGAGCUAAAAUACAACCAUUAUCAGAAUAGAGGAAGUUAGAUAAUGGCAGAGAGGAGAUCUGGGAGGGCACAUGUUAAACAGAGCAAUGGAUGGACAGGGAUUCAGAUUCAGUGAGAGAGAAGCACACAGAGCACAGAAUUUAUAUGUACAGAGAUCAAGGGCAAAGAGAACAAGAGAUCAUACAAAUAGUGUGAGUGGAGUGUCAAAUAACAAGUCCCUGCAAAUGAUCUGAAGUGUUAGAUGAUGUGAGUA